GGCAACGGCGGCGGCGACUCCUCCGUGUCCGGCUCCAGCUCCGGCUGCAGCUCCGGCCCGCGAUGACCCACUCGGUGACCCUGCGCGGCCCUUCACCCUGGGGCUUCCGCCUGGUGGGCGGCCGGGACUUCAGUGCUCCCCUCACCAUCUCGCGGGUUCAUGCUGGGAGCAAAGCGGCCCUGGCUGCCCUGUGCCCAGGUGACUUGAUCCAAGCCAUCAACGGCGAGAGCACUGAGCUCAUGACACACCUGGAGGCCCAGAACCGCAUUAAAGGCUGCCACGAUCAUCUUACGCUCUCGGUCAGCAGGCCUGAGAAUAAGAACUGGCCCAGUGCUCCUGAUGACAAGGCUCAAGCACAUAGGAUCCACAUUGACUCUGAGUCCCAGGUAGGCACUGGCAUGGCCUCACAAGAGGCCGCUAUAUCAGGGUCCCUUCAGCAGAAUCAUUCUGGCAUGUGCAAUAUUCCUUCCUGGCCCCCAAGGCUGCCAGGCCCAAGGCUGGAAAUACCAUGCUGGCCUUCCAUCUCUCCCCUUCCCAGUGCUGACACAGCCAGGGUUCUCCCUCGGAACCGGGACUGCAGGGUAGAUCUGGGUUCAGAGGUAUACAGGAUGUUAAGGGAGCCAGUAGAGCCCGCAGCCUCGGAGCCCAAACAGUCUGGAUCCUUCCGCUACCUGCAAGGCAUGCUAGAGGCUGGCGACGGUGGGGAUCGGCCUGGGUCCGGUGGUCCCCGGAACCUCAAACCAGCAGCCAGCAAGCUGGGUGCUCCACUGAGUGGCCUGCAGGGGCUACCAGAAUGUACGCGCUGCGGCCACGGGAUCGUGGGAACCAUCGUCAAGGCGAGGGACAAGCUCUACCAUCCCGAGUGCUUCAUGUGCAGCGACUGCGGCCUGAAUCUCAAACAGCGUGGAUACUUCUUCCUAGAUGAACGGCUAUACUGCGAGAACCACGCCAAGGCUCGAGUCAAGCCGCCGGAGGGAUAUGACGUGGUGGCUGUAUACCCCAAUGCCAAGGUGGAACUUGUCUGAGCUGGGAAAUCUUGUCUUGCCUCUGCUUCACUUAAUAUUCCCUCGUGGCCUGUGUAAAUAUAUGUCCUUCUGGCCUUUCUAAUAAAGUCCCUCUGCUUG